CUGAGAAUUCUCAGAUGCAAUCGAGAGGAGAAGCAGUAGAUCGAAACGAGUUCCAGAUAUCUCAGAUCUGAAAGCAAGUGUCUGAAUUGCGCGUAAAGAUUGGAGAUUAGAAAUGGAGAAGUCAUGCACUUUACUGGUUCACUUCGACAAGGGCACACCAGCACUUGCCAAUGAGAUCAAAGAAGCUCUCGAAGGAAACGAUGUGGCCGCCAAAAUCGACGCCAUGAAGAAGGCCAUCAUGCUUUUGCUCAACGGUGACACCAUUCCUCAGCUGUUCAUUACCAUCAUUCGCUAUGUUCUUCCCUCCGAGGAUCACACUGUUCAGAAGCUUCUCCUUCUCUAUCUCGAGAUCAUUGACAAAACCGAUUCCAAGGGUAAGGUCCUUCCCGAGAUGAUCCUUAUUUGCCAGAAUCUCCGAAACAAUCUCCAGCAUCCUAAUGAGUACAUCCGAGGUGUCACCUUGCGGUUUCUUUGCCGUUUGAACGAGACAGAGAUCAUUGAGCCUUUGAUCCCAUCCAUUCUUUCCAAUUUGGAGCAUCGCCAUCCUUUUGUCCGAAGGAAUGCCGUUCUGGCUGUUAUGUCCCUCUACAAGCUUCCUCAAGGUGAGCUAUUGCUCGAUAGUGCCCCUGAAAUCAUUGACAAGCUCUUGUCCACCGAGCAGGAUAAUUCCACUAAGCGUAAUGCUUUCCUUAUGCUCUUCAAUUGUGCUCAGGAUCGUGCUAUUAAUUACCUUUUGACUCAUAUUGAUAGAAUUAAUGAUUGGGGCGAACAACUUCAAAUGGUUGUUUUGGAGUUGAUUAGGAAAGUCUGUAGGACUAACAAGGAUGAGAAGGGAAAGUAUAUCAAGCUUAUUAUUUCUUUGUUGAAUGCCCCAUCAACUGCUGUUAUUUAUGAAUGUGCCGGCACCCUUGUUUCCCUCUCCUCUGCCCCUACUGCUAUUCGAGCAGCAGCUACUACUUAUUGGCAGCUCUUGCUUUCACAAAGUGAUAAUAAUGUCAAACUUAUUGUACUCGAUAGGCUCAAUGAACUAAAAACUUCCUAUAGAGAAAUUAUGGUGGAAAUGGUUUUGGAUAUUCUUAGAGCGCUUUCGAGUCCAAAUCUUGAUAUUAGGAGGAAGACCCUAGAUAUUGCACUGGAAUUGAUAGCCCCUAGGAAUAUUGGUGAGGUCGUUAUGAUGCUAAAGAAAGAAGUUGUCAAAACUCAGGGCGGGGAGCAUGAGAAGAAUGGUGAAUAUAGGCAGAUGCUCGUGCAGGCUAUACAUUCCUGUGCUAUUAAGUUCCCUGAGGUGGCAAGCACCGUUGUGCACCUGUUGAUGGACUUCUUGGGAGAUACCAAUGUGGCUUCAGCCAUGGAUGUGGUUGUUUUUGUGCGUGAGAUCAUUGAGACAAACCCCAAAUUACGUGUUUCUAUUGUCACCAGGCUUUUGGAUACUUUCUACCAAAUCCGUGCUGCAAGGGUUUGUUCAUGUGCGUUAUGGAUAAUUGGUGAAUAUUGCCUAUCACUUUCAGAAGUUGAGAGUGGAAUUGCAACAAUUAAACAGUGUGUGGGGGACCUCCCAUUUUAUACUCUUAAUGAGGAAGGGGAGGGCAAAGACACAUCUAAAAGCGCACCACUGGUAAGCUUAACCAGUGUGAGUUCUAGGAGGCCUGCCGUCCUUGCAGAUGGGACCUAUGCUACACAAAGUGCUGCUGUGGAAACUGCAUUGUUGCCUCCUACCCUUGUACAGGGAUUGCAGUCUUCUACUGGAAAUCUGAGAUCACUGAUCCUCUCAGGUGAUUUCUUUCUUGGGGCAGUAAUCGCGUGUACACUGACUAAACUCAUCUUGAGGUUAGAAGAGGUUCAAACAUCAAAAGUUGAAGUUAACAAAGCAACUACACAGGCCUUGUUGAUCAUGGUCUCUAUUCUGCAGCUGGGUCAAUCUUCAGUUCUUCCACAUCCAAUGGAUAAUGAUUCUCAUGAUAGGAUUGUCCUUUGCAUUAGAUUGUUGUGCAACACAGGUGAUGAAAUAAGAAAGAUCUGGUUGCAAUCCUGUAGACAGAGCUUUGUGAAAAUGCUUUCAGAUAAGCAGUGCCGUGAAACAGAGGAGAUUAAAGCUAAGUCUCAAAUAUCCAAUGCACAACCUGAUGAUCUUAUUGACUUUUACCAUUUGAAGAGCAGAAAGGGUAUGAGUCAGCUUGAGCUAGAAGAUGAGGUUCAAGAUGAUCUCAAACGUGCUACUGGAGAGUUCACAAAGGAUGCAGAUGAUGCAAAUAAGCUGAAUCGCAUUCUUCAGCUCACUGGAUUCAGUGAUCCUGUAUAUGCUGAAGCAUAUGUGACAGUAAAUCAUUAUGACAUUGUCCUUGAUGUUACUGUCAUCAACAGAACCAAGGAGACUCUUCAAAAUUUGUGUUUGGAGUUGGCAACCAUGGGCGAUCUCAAACUUGUUGAGCGUCCGCAAAACUAUACCCUAGCUCCAGAGUCAAGCAAACAGAUUAAGGCAAACAUCAAGGUGUCUUCAACUGAAACAGGGGUUAUAUUUGGUAACAUAGUCUAUGAGACAUCUUCAAACGUGCUUGAAAGAACAGUUAUUGUUCUCAAUGACAUCCAUAUUGAUAUCAUGGACUACAUCUCUCCUGCAUCUUGUGCCGAUGUGGCAUUUAGAACUAUGUGGGCUGAGUUUGAAUGGGAAAAUAAGGUUGCUGUAAAUACAGUGAUGCAAGAUGAGAGAGAGUUCCUGAACCACAUAAUCAAGUGUACCAAUAUGAAGUGCCUGACUCCACCAUCAGCAUUGGAAGGGGAUUGUGGUUUUCUAGCUGCAAAUCUUUACGCCAAGAGUGUUUUUGGGGAAGAUGCUUUGGUGAAUAUCAGCGUUGAGAAGCAAGCUGAUGAUAAGUUGAGUGGAUACAUCAGAAUAAGAAGUAAAACUCAGGGAAUUGCCCUCAGUCUAGGGGAUAAGAUCACCUUGAAACAGAAGGGAGGUGCUUGAUUGGAGCAGCAUACACCCUUUUUUAUCCGGCUUGUAUUUCAACUUUGAGUAGCUUCCCGGUAGCUGCCGACUUCAAGCUCUUCAUAUUCUUCCUUCAAGUUCUCUUGGCUUUCGGUGGUGCCUCAUAUCUCUUGUUAAUCGGUUUCUAGCAUUAAUUUUCCCCACAAUUGGAGUUCCAAUUUUUUAUGUAAUUUUUUCUUGGAUGUGAUUUCAUAUACAUCUCUUAAUCUUUCACUCCCAUACACAUAGGUAGGUUUGGAUGCCAUAUGUUGAUAUCGGUCAAUGAAAUGCCAACGUCAGCAUGUCCUUACGUUGUAGUUAUUUUGAUAAUGAUUUGUGCCUAUUUGAUCACUAAUAA